CUUGCCGAAAACCACGUGUCGGCAUGGGCGCCGCCAUCUUGCCGGAAACCACGUGUCGGCAUGGGCGCCGCCAUCUUGCCGGAAACCACGUGUCGGCAUGGGCGCCGCCAUCUUGCCGGAAACCACGUGUCGGCAUGGGCGCCGCCAUCUUGCCGGAAACCACGUGUCGGCAUGGGCGCCGCCAUCUUGCCGGAAUCCACGUGUCGGCAUGGGCGCCGCCAUCUUGCCGGAAUCCACGUGUCGGCACGGGCGCCGCCAUUUUGCCGGAAACGACGUGUCGGCACGGGCGCCGCCAUCUUGGAUUAGGCAGCACAACACAGCAACCCUAACAGCGAGACCAGAGAGCAACCCUCACACACCAGGACAAUGACAGAACCCUCAGAGAACAACAGACCCACUGCGGCUAGAGAGCAACAGGAGGAGCGCAGCAUCCAGAGAUUCCUGGUUGUGUCAAGUACAACACUUUUUUCAGCAGAUUCAUCAUGUCACAAGAGGGAUCCGCCCAGUGUCAAGGAUGAUGUCUGAGAUUGAGGCAUCAGGAACCCCACCCUCUCCUAAUCAGGACCCCCAGCCGACACCAAUCAAGCCUAAUCAGCACCCCCAGCUGACACCAAUCAAGCCUAAUCAGUACCCCCAGCUGACACACCCCCAGCUGACACCAAUCAAGCCUAAUCAGUACCCCCAGCUGACACCAAUCAAGCCUAAUCAGUACCCCCAGCUGACAGCAAUCAAGCCUAAUCAGUACCCCCAGCUGAUUCCAAUCAAGCCUAAUCAGUACCCCCAGCUGACACACCCCCAGCUGACACCAAUCAAGCCUAAUCAGUACCCCCAGGUGACACACCCCCAGCUGACACCAAUCAAGCCUAAUCAGUACCCCCAGCUGACAGCAAUCAAGCCUAAUCAGUACCCCCAGCUGACACAUCCCCAGCUGACAGCAAUCAAGCCUAAUCAGUACCCCCAGCUGACAGCAAUCAAGCCUAAUCAGUACCCCCAGCUGACACACCCCCAGCUGACAGCAAUCAAGCCUAAUCAGUACCCCCAGCUGACACCAAUCAAGCCUAAUCAGUACCCCCAGCUGACACACCCCCCGCCGACACCAAUCAAGCCUAAUCAGUACCCCAGCUGA